AGCCGAGACAUUCCGUCAACCAGUUACGAGUUGAUUAUACGCCGUGUAGGUUGCACCACGGAAAAGUAGAGUUCUCUGGCCAUGAAGAACAAUUACGCACCACAGGAGCCACCACCUAUUGGCUUUAGCUCCGCACCACCCCAACAGGAAUACGCGCCACAGUGGGCCAAUCCCCAUGCAGGAUAUCCACCACAGUCGGAGAUAGGAUUUGCACCACAGUCCCAGUUAGGAUUUCCACCACAGCCGCAGCCAGGAUAUCCAUCACAACCACUGUCCCGAUUUCCCCCACAACAGAGCUAUCCGCCGCCAGGAUAUCCUCAGCCCGGCUAUCCGCCGCAGUACUAUGGAAAUCCUCCACCACCUCCACCACCAGUGGUGGUGGUUAACAGCCAUGGCUGGAUGAGUCGCAAUCAGAAGAAUAAGCCACAAUCAAAUGCUGUGGGUGGAGCUGGCUUAAUAUUUGUAUCCGGAGGAAUGAACAUAGCGUGGAGCAUUGGAUUCCAUGGGAAUCUCUACUUCAAGGUCACUCAACACAAUUUCUUGGCCUGGUUCAUUGGUGGCAUUAUCGGAGCUUUUGUAAGUUGUUGGCUCACAAAUAAAGUGCCGAAGAAAUUAAUUUUGAUUUUCAGUUCGAUUCUGGUGAUGAUUGGUGGCAUUAUCUUGGCCAGUACCAGACACAAUGGCAGUGCCACCCUGGCCUGUUCCUACCUCGAUGGCAUCGGAAACGGGCUGAUCUUUGCACCUUUCUUGGCCUUGGCCGGAGAGGUGUCGGUGCCCUAUAUGAGGGGUCUAAUCUCGGCGAGCAUCGAGCAGAUGUGUCUCGGACUAGGCAUCCUUCUGCAAAUCAUCUACUCGUCCGCCUGGACCGAUUCUAAAUACAGCUCCUUCAACAGCGAGAAUUUGAAGGGAGUGCUGAGCAUUAUCUACGGACUAUUGGCAUUGGUAAUUGGCUCGCUGCUAUGCGUCGAGUCCCCGGUCAUCAUGUUGGCCGACAACAACGAACAGGGUGCCAUGGAGGCCCUGAAGAGGUUGCAGAGACCCCACACCUGGACCAGCGACACGGACCAACAGCUAAGGGACCACAAACUCUACUUGGCCCAGAACAAGGAUCUGUCAGUGGGACAGAGCAUCUGCCAGGCGAUCCCCACCUUCAUCCGACUGGUAUUUCUGCGGGCCCUAAAUGUCCUGAGCAUUUCUGACUUUGUGGUCACCAGCUUUGUUUACUUUUUUGUGAAUUCGUAUGGGUUGUCAUACUAUGUCUGGUUCUGUGUAUUUGCCGUCAGCCGAUGGAUGGGCAACUUUAUAGCCACUUUCUGCAUGGAGUCGGCGGGACGCAAGAAGCCCACUCUCUUGGGACUUCUCGUUUGCGGGGUUCUCGCCUUUGUAAUGGCUGCACAGUUUAAUAUUUUAACCUACAACACCGGAAACACCAUUAUGUUGCUGGUCUUCCAGUUCUUCGCCGGAGUCGCCUUCACAGCCACGUCCCCGUAUCUCUCGGAGGCCUAUCCAUUGGGUGUAAAGCAGCAUUUCAUAGCCUUGACCUUUAUGAUCGAAAUGCUAGUCUUUAUUAUCAUUGGGGUCUGCAGAUGGUCACCAACCGGUGGUGCCAUUUACUUCUAUAUCAUGGGCGGACUCUACAUAUUUGGCUUUGUCUUGAGCAUUUUCAUUUUGCCAGAGACCCGAAGGUUGACAUUGAGAGAGGCCCAGGACAAGUUCAGUGGAUUCAUCAGCCAUGGUUUCUAAAUGAAUACCCAGAAAACCAAACAAUUUGCAGCUUAUAUUAGUCGAGAUCAGAGAUAAUAAAUAUUUACAGUCGUACCAGCA